AUGGCUGCGGCACACACUUGGUGGAACCUGCUACUGGCCCGAUUUCUCCUCGGUUUUGCAGUAGGCGCCAAGUCAACAACAACCCCGGUGGAUGGCGCGGAAUGCUCUCCUGCCAUCAUUCGUGGUGCGUUGGUUAUGAUGUGGCAAAUGUGGACCGCGUUUGGGAUUAUGCUGGGGUACAUUGCUUCAGUUGCCUUCAUGGAUGUGACACACCCCACAAUUCCCGGUUUCAACUGGAGAUUGAUGCUGGGUUCAACUGCCAUCCCGCCCUUCUUCGUGUGCAUGCAGGUGUACUUCUGCCCCGAGUCACCCAGAUGGUAUAUGAUGAAGAAUCGCUAUCAGGACGCUUACAAAGCACUUUGUAAGCUCCGCCCUUCCACGUUUCAGGCGGCCCGCGACCUCUACUAUAUCCACACGGCACUACAGGUGGAGGAAAAACUCCGGGAAGGCAAACACCUCUGGCGUGAGAUGUUUACCAUCCCACGCAAUCGACGAGCAGCACAAUCCUCGUUUUUUGUCAUGUUUAUGCAGCAAUUCUGUGGGGUGAACGCGCUAAUGUACUACAGCUCGAGCAUCUUUGCAAAUGCGGGGUUUGAUAGGCGUAUGGCGUUGGUGACGUCGUUGGGAUGUGGUAUAACGAACUGGAUAUUCGCUCUGCCGGCAGUAUAUACGAUUGACACGUUUGGAAGGCGGAAUCUGCUCCUCACCACAUUCCCAUUGAUGAGCCUGUUUCUGCUCUUCACUGGGUUUUCAUUCUAUAUCCCGGAUCAGACUUCGCGGACAGCUUGCGUGGCGACAGGCAUCUAUCUUUUCAUGAUCGUGUACUCCCCAGGCGAGGGACCAGUGCCUUUCACAUACUCUGCUGAGGCAUUUCCACUUUAUAUCCGUGAUGUAGGCAUGUCCUUUGCGACGGCAACGACCUGGGGUUUCAACUUCAUUGUCUCAUUGACGUGGCUUCCAUUGCGGGACGCCUUCAGUCCACAAGGGGCAUUUGGCUGGUACGCAGCAUGGAACGUCUUCGGAUGGAUCUUCUGCUACUUCUGUCUGCCUGAGACCAAAGCAUUGUCGCUCGAGGAACUGGAUCAGGUCUUCUCCAUUCCCACGAGAAAGCACGUCAAUCACUAUGCAGGGAUGCUGCCGUGGACGUACAAGCAGGCAACGUCCAACGUUGACCAUGCAACACUUCUCAACUCGACUCAAUUUUUUCGAGGCUGGUUGGAUAGGAACAGGUUCUCUAUGAAGCCUAAAAACGUUCUUGAACUCGAUGUUUCCAACAUUGUCACUUUUGAGAUCAUACUGCGCAAGCUUCAUAAGACUCUAGAUCAGAUGAGUGUAGGCACUGUCUCUUUAGCGGACAUCUGGGACCUGCCGUAUUUAUGCCAAACCUGUCAUGUCGAUUGCGAGGAAUUUACACAAUGGUUCAGGACGUGGUGCGCUCACCAUAAGGGCAAAAUUGAGCCAGGCAGAGAGCUGAGCUACUAUCAUGAGAUAUUAAUUCCGAGUUGUGUUUAUAACGAUGCCGAGAUCUUUGCCCAAUCAACGAGGACUGUAGUAUACCAGAACACUGGGCAUAUUACAGCGUGCAUCCCUAAUGAGUAUAGGAAGCCGCUUGCAGCGCCUCUUAUGCGCGAAUUGAACGCCGCCCGUGAUCGCCUUUGCGAGAUUGUCCACCAAGAGCUCUCUGGCCGCAUUACGCAUAUCCUCCAAAGACCAUUGUCACCCUGCUGUGAGCGUACCGUUUUCGAAUUCCUUCGGGAGCUUCAAAGAAUACAAGCCUGGCCUUUUGAUAACUGCUUCACGAACCUUGGGAUUGACGAGCUGCUGAAUCGCCUGGCCUAUUUCGACGCAAAUAGAAUGCACAAGUACAUUGAUCCCGCCACGAACAGUCCGAUUAACUGCGUUAUGUGCAGUAUGGACUGGAACACUAUCGUUGACUCAACAGCGACUCGCGUAGCUGGUUAUUUUGAUGGACUGUGUCUUGACUGCGCGUUGAGGACGGACGAGAACCCUCUCCCUGGUGGGCAAUACGACAAAAAGACUACUGGGACUGCUUAG